UUAAAACACUCGCAUGAACCAGAUCUCGCCACAUCACCAAAACCGGCGAAAAGAAGGUUCACGUGUUUUCACUUUUCAUCUAUGAGUAGCAGAGGACAUGUCAUAUAUACAAUACAGAGAUUUAUUUUCUUCCAUAUUUGUUGCUUGAGGCUAGGAUUGUAAACAGCUUUCGUUAUUUAAAUUUCAUCCACGUGACAAAGUGACUUCCUUUUACAACGCGACUGUCCACGAGUCAAAACAACAUGAGCACAUCACAAACAGCUGUUCACCGAGGGAUCGUGAAACAGGUCCUGUCUGGAGAUGCAGUGGUCAUUAGGGGUCAACCCAAAGGAGGCCCACCCCCAGAGAAAACGAUAUGUUUCUCCAACAUCACAGCCCCUCGUAUGGCUAGACGACCCAAUCCAGCACAGGACAAUGUGGAGACAAAGGAUGAGCCCUUUGCAUGGGAAGCCAGAGAGUACCUAAGGAAGAAGCUGAUAGGGAAAGAAGUGGCUUUUGUUAUAGAAUACACAGUACCAGGGACAGGGAGAGAAUAUGGCUGUGUGUACCUCGGGAAAGACACGUCAGGAGAAAACAUUACGGAGGCUUUAGUAACUGAGGGUCUGGUAGAAGUAAGAAGAGGAGGACUCAGGCCUGACGAUCCAGGUCAGCAACAACUGAUCCAGUUAGAGGACGCAGCAAAGGCUGCUGGGAAGGGAAAGUGGAACACAGCGGAGGCAGCCAAACAUGUACGCAAUGUAAAGUGGAAUGUCGAGAACCCUAGAAAUUUUGUGGACUCUCAUCAUAACAAACCAAUCGAUGCUGUGAUAGAACAUGUUAGAGAUGGAUGUACAGUCAGGGCCUUCCUCUUACCUUCGUUUGACUAUGUCACCAUCAUGCUCUCAGGAAUUAAGUGUCCAAUGUUCAAGCAAGAUGAGAGUGGUAAGCAGGUGCCUGAGCAAUUUGCUGCGGAGGCCAAAUAUUUCACCGAGGUCCGUCUACUGCAGAGGGAUGUACAGAUCAUUCUGGAGGGGGUCUCAAACCAAAACCUGCUGGGGACAGUGCUACACCCUAAUGGUAAUAUUGCUGAACUGCUGCUGAAGGAGGGAUUUGCCCGCUGUGUGGAUUGGAGCAUGGGGGUGGUCACCCAGGGUGCUGAUAAACUCCGAGCUGCUGAAAAAAUUGCCAAAGAGAAGAAAGUUCGGUUAUGGAAGGACUACUCUCCCUCUGGACCAACAGUUGACAUCAAAGACAAGUCCUUUAGUGGAAAGGUUGUGGAAGUUGUUAAUGGUGAUGCUUUAGUUGUCAAAACAGGAGAUAACCAGUUUAAAAAGGUGUUUCUGUCCAGCAUCCGACCACCGAGAAAUACUGCUGCUUCAACUGACUCGGAAUCUCCCUCCAAAAGCCGAAUUCGACCACUGUAUGACGUUCCAUACAUGUUUGAAGCAAGGGAAUUCCUGAGGAAGAAACUCAUUGGCAAAAAGGUAAAUGUCCAGGUGGAUUACAUUCAGCCAGCUAACAACAAUUUCCCUGAGAAGACUUGCUGCACUGUCACAAUAUCUGGGAUUAAUGUUGGAGAAGCGUUGGUGGGUAAGGGCCUGGCUACCGUGGUCCGCUACAGACAGGAGGACGACCAGCGGUCAGAACACUAUGAUGAACUGUUGGCAGCCGAGGCUAGAGCUCAGAAGAAAGGUGUAGGCCUGCAUUCCAAAAAAGAGGCACCAAUCCACAGGGUGGCAGACAUCUCGGGGGACCUGAACAAGUGUAAGCAGUUCCUGCCGUUUCUACAGAGGGCGGGUAAAUCGGAAGCUGUUGUAGAAUUUGUGGCCAGCGGGUCUCGUCUCAGACUGUAUCUGCCCAGGGAAACGUGUCUCUUCACCUUCCUAAUAUCAGGUAUUGAAUGCCCCAGAGGAGCUAGACCCCUCCCGGGAGGACAGAUGUCCCCAUCUGAUCCCUACGGUGACGAAGCGCUUCAGUUCACAAAAGAAAUGUGCUUACAAAGAGAGGUUGAAGUGCAGGUAGAAAGUAUGGACAAGGGAGGUAAUUUUAUUGGUUGGCUGUUCGUGGACAACACUAAUUUAUCUGUAGCAUUAGUGGAAGAGGGCCUGGCUAAGGUGCAUUUUACAGCAGAGAGAAGCAAUUACUACAAACAGCUGAAGAUUGCUGAGGAGAAUGCCAAAAGAAAUAAACGCAAUUUAUGGAAGGACUUCCAAGAGACAACAGAACCAGAAGAAGUGGUAGAGGAUAAUACUGAGAGAAACGUCAGCUACAAACCAAUUAUAGUCACCGAAGUCGGCGAUGACCUAAAAUUCUACGCUCAGUUGGUGGACAAUGGUCCACAGUUGGAGAAAUUGAUGGAUCAGCUACGACAAGACAUGGAAGCCAAUCCACCUCUACCUGGGGCCUAUACGCCAAAACGAAAUGAUCUGUGUGCAGCAAAAUUCUCGCAGGACAAUGAGUGGUACAGAGCCAAAGUGGAAAAGGUUGAGGGAUCAAAGGUUACACUUCUCUACAUUGAUUAUGGAAAUAGGGAACAAACCACAGCUACUAACCUGGCCACAUUGUCAGCCUCCUUCCAGACCCUGGCCCCACAAGCCACAGAGUACUGUCUGGCCUGUGUCACCCUCCCAUCUGAUGAGGACUUCAAGGCCGAUGCAGUUGAUGCUUUCUAUGAUGAAGUAGCAAACAGACAGUUGUCCAUGAAUGUUGAAUACAAAGUGGCAGGAUUAGAAUAUGUCAGUCUGUUAAACCCUGACACAAAAGAUGAUGUUGCGCUGAAGCUGAUCUCCAGCGGUUACAUGCUAGCGGAGAAACGCCGUGAGAAACGACUGGCCAAACUUGUCUCAGACUACAUGAAGGCACAGGAAAAGGCCAAAUCCUCAAGGGAAAAUAUGUGGAGAUAUGGCGACUUCACUGAGGAUGACGCCAAAGAGUUUGGAUACUCCAGGUAGACUGACGUCAUGUCAAGACCCACCUAAAAAAAGUUACAUAUAAGUAGAAUCUAGCUUUGCCUCGCAAACACAAGUGGAAUCUAGGAAAUUUUCAUUUUUAUUCGAAUUGUUAUUUACAUAUAUAAUAUAUAUUUUUUGCAAUUAACUUAUGGAUGUACAGGACAGGAAUACAGUCAGAUGAAUUUCUUUUUUGUUAUCUUUUUAUCAUCAUUAUUUAGUAUAUGAGUUUGUGAUGAAUUUCUAUGCAUUAGAUUCGUAACCUUACAUAAAGUAUUUAUUAUGUAGAGACAUAUUAAUGUUAAUGGAUAUGACUAUGUUAGACUCACUUUGAUAUGUGGGCAGAGGACAUUAAAGAUGUGUUCAGGAGACCAGUAUCAAAACGUUUAUUAUGUAUCUGGUGCCAAUAAUUAACUUUUGUUUGAUUAAAACUUUAAAAUGAUUUGUUUGCAGCACGUAUGUAUAUAAAUGCUGAAAAAAUUGUACACAUACAUUGUAAUGUCACUAAUAAUAAAGGGCAUGGACCUGUCUAUUAAGCAAAUUGUAUGUGAUGCUAUGUAUUAUUUUUUAUUUGUGCUAUAAAGCUGUAGGCCAUGUACAAUAUUCAGGAAUUCUAGCAUGUAUCACUGUAAAAUUCCAAUUACUGAGUCAUUGGUAAAUUAUGUUUCAUAGUGUUUUAUUAUGAUGCAUACAUUUAUAUCCAGAUUGCGAAAAUCUUCCAAUAGCUCUAACAUGUCUAUUGUUGUUUAUCUGUUGAUAACGUGUACAUGUAAUCCAUGAAAAUAAUAUAUGCAUAGACAAUAUAAUUUAUUUGAGGAACAAGUCAGUGUUGAAUUAUGCACCUUGCUAAAGUUUGCAUAGGUUUCCAAAACCAAAAGUCACAUAACCCUUAUAUUUGAUAGACAGGUCUUGUUGAAAACAAGAGAGAAAAAAAACAAUAAUUUUAAAACCAAACCCUAAGAAAUUUGAUUGUCUCUAUUCUUUUCAAAUUGAAUUAUUUUUAUCGUAUUAUUUUUUUCUUAAAGGUCACUUUGGUGAAAGUAUUGCAUCAUAUCAAAUAUUUGUACAUAUAUAUAAGUUUGUUUAUCUGACUGUAUUUAACAGGAUGGGCAUUUGAUUUACAAUGAGGAUGCAUUUCUGGUUGCCAUGACAAUGUCACCAUGGACUUUAACAAGCUUUGAGUGAAAGUAACAUGGCUUUUGCUGCAUUUUGAAACAUGGUUGUACUUUUAAACUGUAUUUUCUUCUUUCAGUAGAUUCAUUUCUUUCACUUCUCAGAUGAUUUUUUUUUAAAAAAAAUAACAAAAAACUGUUCCACAUAUUUUGUAGCAUGUUCAAGAUUUAGCAAAUUAUGUAUUGAUAUAUGUAGGUAAGAAGUUCUCAAAAGAAAAAAAACCCAAACAUAUGCAAGAAAUAUAUGCUUUUUUUUAUUGUAUCAAUAUCCCAAAUGUUUUUAACUUUUUCGUUUGAUUAAGAGCUGACUGUUUUAUGGUGCUUCUCAUAUUUGUUAUAAACUUUUUUUUCCAAUGAAUAUCUGUCAAGCUCGUUAAAUUACAUAUAUAAUAUAUUUUUUCUUCAUAGUUAUACUGUCUAGUACAUCAUGUAAGCAUGACAACCAGUUCAGAUCUGUGUGUUGACAGACAUUGAAAUAAAAAGUUGAAGGUUGCAGUAA